AUGGUGAGGGCUCAGUUCUGCAAGAAGACUGGUUUGAAGAAAGGAACUUGGAGCCCUGAAGAAGAUAAGAAGUUGGUAGAUUACAUCAACAAAUACGGCAUUUGGAACUGGAGUGAAAUGCCGAAGUAUGCAGGUUUGAGGAGGUCUGGGAAGAGUUGCAGGCUCCGAUGGAUGAACCACCUGAAGCCGGGUAUCAAGCGUGGGAACUUGACAAGAGAUGAAGAAGAAACAAUAAUAAAAAUGCACGAAAAGCUAGGAAAAAGAUGGUCUGCAAUUGCAGCAGCACUGCCUGGAAGAACUGACAAUAAAAUCAAGAACUACUGGCAUACCCAUCUAAAGAAACGGCAACAUAAGCCGGAGGCUCAACUGCAAGCAAGAGUGAGACCAUCCAUAAUGAAUUAUCUCAGUUGGACCUCUUGCCUUCUUGCAGUGCUCCAUCACAACUUCCUUCGGGCCUUUCCUCAUCCCCAUCUAUCGAUCCUGUUCUUGGGCUAG